UUAUUUGGUUGUGGUCUUUUUAGGAGGACAAGUCUUACAUAUUGGUCAAAUCUUACUCGUAUUGUUUCGUUUUGAUUCAAUUCUUAUGUACAGUCUACUGUAACUCCCUGUUCCUACUUGCAGUGUGUUCCUUAUGAUCUCUUCCAGCUGAAAAAGGAUGGAGAUUAUGUUCGAGUGGCAGGUGCUGAAACAUGUCCAAACUCUACACAGUUGGAUGGGUUAAUGUGAAAGAUGUCGCCCUUGCGCAUAUUCUAGCAUUUGAAAACCCUUCAGCUAAGGGUAGAUAUUUAAUGGUUGAGUCAGUUGCACACUACUCUGAGAUAGUAAAGAUAUUACGGGAGCUUUGCCCUACAAUGAAGCUUCCAGAAAAGUGUGCUGAUGAUACGCCAAUUCCGCCAAAGUACCAGGUCAACAUUGAAAAAGCAAAACAGUUGGGUGUUGAGUUCACUCCCUUGGCUGAAAGUGUCAAAGAAACUGCUGAAAGCUUGAAAGAGAAGAAAUUUUAUUGAGAUGAACCACCGUGGUGUGAUUGAGAACCUGUCUGGAUUGACUUUUGGCUUAUAAGCUUUAAGUUAAAAAUUCUUACUUGACUUUUGGCUUAUUUUUAUAGUUUUAGCUUAGAACCAACUGCUUCUGAGCACUUUUUUGAUUUAUCCAAAUAUUACAGAAGUGCUUAUAAGCUAUUUUGGCUUAAAAGCACUUAAAUUAAGUCAAUCCUAACAGGCUCCGAGUCUCCAAAUUUUAGAGAACAUGCUUAUGUUUGUGUCCAUCAUCCGUCGGAAAGAUUGGGAUAAUCAAACCUUCACUACUUGUCGUUUUGUGAUCCAGAAUUUUAAUGGCGUAAGCGCUUAAUGUCUGCCAUCACUUGUAUUGAUGGUUAUCUUGGCUUUGUUAAAACUACUUUUUAGCCAUGUUAUCUUUCUGACUUUGGAUGUUACAAGUGUUGUAAUAUUUAGCAACCUUAUGUUAAAUGUGCAUUUGAUCUGUUGUUUAUGUUUGUGCAAGAACUGUACCAGGAUGGUUUUGUAUGUUUUUCUUCCCUAUUUAAUAAUAAUGGUGUAUGGGUCGACACACAUUUCUAUUAUUUCA